GACACCCAGUUUACUAUUGAUCAAUUUCGAGAAGUUCAACGAGGAAGCGGCACUUCACGAGAAGGAGCUCGAUGCCAUCGAAGAACGUGCACAAUUGAACAGGCUCCAAAGGAAGAUGAAAAGCACGCAUCUGAUCGAGCGGAUGGCUAAGAUCACAGAUACUGUGGAUUCGUCUAAGAUGGUCCUUCUGCAAGGCUUUAACUGGGAGAGCUGGCGCUCUGGUGGAGGUGACUGGUACAGUGUCAUCGGAAAAAGGAUCCAGAUGUUGCAUGACAUGGGCUUCACAGAUCUCUGGUUGCCGCCCUGCUCGCAGUCCGUGGCGCCACAGGGCUACCUUCCAUCUCAGCUCUUCAACCUGGAUGGGUCCAAGUACGGUUCCCAAGCAGCACUGGAAACAUUGCUCGAGAAGUGCCACAAGCAUGGCAUUCGCUGCCUGGCCGACAUCGUCAUCAACCACAGGUGCGGGGACAAGCAGGACAGCCAGGGCCGAUGGAACCAGUUCUCCAGUGGAAUGACGACCAGGCCGAGCUUCGCAGGCGUUGGUGAUUGGGGUGGCUGGGCCAUCACCCUUGGGGACCAGUACUCCGACGGGAGCGGAAUGCACGCGCCCGGCAAGGCUGACGGAAAGUUCGAUGCCGCGCCGGACAUCGACCAUCGGAACCCGAAGGUCCAGGACAGCAUCAACAUCUGGCUGAGAUGGCUUCGACUCCAGGUUGGUUUCGAUGGAUGGCGCUUCGACUUCGUCAAAGGCUAUGGUGCUGAGUUCGUUGGCAGCUACUGCUCGAAGAGCCAUCCCGCCUGGGCUGUGGGGGAACUCUGGACGGACAUGCACUACGACCACCAUGGGCUCUGUGUGCGGCUGAGACACUUAAUUCCAUACCCUUCAAUGGCGGGGUGA